UAUCGAGAAAAAAACAGAAAUAAAAUGUCUCUUUAUUCAGAUAUGUCUGCAGCAUUGUCUAUUUUGACUGAAAUAAAAACUUUAGUCAACGAAUCUGGUGAUGAUAAAUUAAAAGAAAAUACUAAUAAUGAUCUUCAACUUUUGAUCUCAGUUUUUCAAAAUCCAAUUAUAAAAACUAUUGCAUCUGUUCAAGAUUCGGUGUCUGAAUUGAGUUGUCAACUUCAAGAACAUCCAUCUUUAUUGCCAGUAGACUUUGAUAUAUCACCUGUUACUGGUCAAUUAGUAUUGAGUUUGCCAUCUGAAUCUACUCUGUAUAAUUCUGUUCCAGAAGACUUAUAUCAAACAGUUCCUAAACUUUCAAAUAGUUCUUCUACUGAAAGUUCUUCUUCUAUAUCAAAGGAAAGUAAAUCUUUAAUAAAAGAUAUAGCAACUGUUUUACCACCAAUAACAACAAUAUCAUAUGUAGUUGAAUAUCAAAAAGCUGUUGAUGAGGCAUCUAGAGGACGUAAAAUACAUAAUAUUCAACUUUACAAACCUGAAGGUAAUAGCCUGGGAUUUAGUGUUGUUGGUUUAAGAAGCGAAGAAAAAGGAGAACUUGGAAUAUUUGUUCAAGAGAUUCAACCAAAUGGGAUUGCUGCUCGAGAAGGAGGGCUUCAUGAAGGUGACCAGAUUAUUGCUAUUGAUGGACAACCACUGGACACAAAUGUGUCCCACCAACAAGCUAUUGGAAUACUGCAGCAGGCCCGUGGGCUUGUUCAGUUGGUCGUAGCGCGUCCUAUUCCAACUGGUAACAUGUUGAACACUGAAUGGGCUCAAGUUGAAGUAAUUGAGCUGCUCAAUGAUGGAUCUGGACUAGGAUUUGGUAUAAUAGGUGGUCGUAGCACUGGUGUUGUUGUUAAAACUAUACUUCCCGGAGGAGUUGCUGACAGGGAUGGAAGAUUGCAAAGUGGUGAUCAUAUACUACAGAUAGGCAAAGUAAAUUUAAGAGGUAUGGGGAGUGAACAAGUUGCUGCUGUUCUUCGACAAUCUGGAAGUCAAGUUCGAUUAGUUGUAGCUCGUCCAAUAGAAUCCAGUGCAAUUGAUAUAGUUCAAAAUAUGAGUUGCACAGCUCCAAUUGUACCAACAAAAAUGUUAGGAGAUGCAGAUGAGCUUGAUCGGCAUUUAGUUCAGCAAGGUUAUUCUGAAGUUGCUACUUAUCCUCCAGAUUAUUUUCUUCAAAAUAUUUCUAAUGAAAGUACUCUGAUAAUUACUGAAAUAACUGAUUCAUUACCUGUUCUUACUAUGGAUAUGGUACCACCAGAUAGUAUUACAACACUUCCGGAAACUGAUUCGUUUACUGUACAAUUGAAGAAAGAUUCUCAUGGCUUAGGAAUAACUAUAGCUGGUUAUGUUUGUGAAAAAGAAGAAUUAUCUGGAAUAUUUGUAAAAAGCAUAAGUGAAGGUAGUGCAGCUGAUCUAUGCAAAAAAAUUCAAGUGAAUGAUCGUAUUGUUGAAGUUGAUGGAACUUCAUUACAAGGAUUUACCAAUCAUGAAGCUGUGGAAGUUUUGAGAUCUACUGGACAAAUAGUAACCUUGCGCUUAGAACGUUAUCUUCGUGGUCCUAAAUUUGAACAACUACAAGUGGCUAUUGCAGCAUCAGAAAUGAAACCUAGUACAAAUAGUGCAACUGCAUCACCAUCUAUAAUGUCUCUCCCUAGGUUUCCAAUCACAGAUGGAGAAAGUACUGCAGAAAUUGAAGUAGAAGGUGAAUCAGGAGCAACAGUAGAGGCUGAUGUGUUAGAUGAAGUCGAAGAUGAAAUUAUUGAAGAUACUGAUUCUGCUGAAAAUUCUUCAUUUGAUGGUGAACUUAAACCAGAAACAUUAAAAAAGAUAAAAAAUAAAUGGAAUGAAAUUGUGGGAAAUAAUGUAGAAAUUGUUGUAGGUCAGUUGAAAAAAUUUAGUGAAGGAGGUGGUCUAGGUAUAAGUUUAGAAGGCACUGUAGAUGUAGAAAAUGGUAUGGAAGUAAGACCACAUCAUUAUAUUCGAUCAGUUUUACCCGAAGGUCCUGUUGGAAAAAAUGCAUCACUUCAGUCUGGCGAUGAGUUGCUUGAAGUAAAUGGACAUCGAUUAUUGGGUAGAAACCAUAUGGAAGUAGUAGCCACAUUAAAAGAGUUACCAGUUAAUGUCAGAAUGAUUUGUGCUAGACGCACUGAUGAACAACAAUUACCUCACCAUUAUCUUACUGAUAUAACAGAAGAUCGUGCCGCUUUUGCUGCCAAAAAUGCAUUAGGUGGGAGCCUUCAAAAUUUAAUGCCUGCUACUGACCGUUUAGUAAAAGCAAAGUCUGAUGGUUCAUUGGCUAGUACUGGAACAGCAGGGUGUUCAGAAUCUAGUAGAUUACGUUCGCGAUCUUUAGAACCUCUUACAGGAUUAGCUAUGUGGUCUUCACAACCUCAACUUAUCGAGCUUAUGAAAGGAGAACGUGGUCUUGGAUUUUCAAUUUUAGAUUACCAAGAUCCUAUGAAUCCAAGUGAAACAGUGAUUGUAAUUCGUUCAUUGGUUCCUGGAGGAGUAGCACAAAAUGAUGGUCGAUUGAUACCCGGGGAUCGUUUACUUCGAGUAAAUGAUAUUUGUUUGGAGAAUGCUUCUUUAGAUGAAGCUGUACAAGCUCUGAAGGGUGCUCCUAAAGGAGUAGUUCAUAUUGCUGUUGCCAAGCCACUGCCCAUACCAGAUAGUAGCAGUCAGGGUGAUAGUUCAGAUGAAAAAAAAAUGAGCAUCAAUGAUGAAGAUGAUGAUGAAGAUUGCUACUCUAUGUACAGUUGUCCUGAAUCACCUAUUAUUUUUGAUGAUCUAAAGAAAACCAAUGAAACUUUUAAAGAAAUAUGUUCAAUGGAUGAAACAGAUAAUAUUAUACAAGAUGUGCAAGAGAUUACACUCACCAAAGGCUCUUUACCAUUGGGUAUAUGUCUGCGUAGAAGUUCAUUUAGCGAUCAUAUUGGUUUGAAAAUUGAAAAUUUGUAUGGUGCUGCUGAACAAGAUUGCAGGCUAAAAAUUGGCGAUAUUGUAAUUUCUGUUAAUAAUGAAUCAUUGAAGUAUGUGUCUCCUGCACAAGUGAAGACUAUUUUGUCUAGAGCUAAUCUACUAACAGGGCAUAUUCCUAUACGUUUUGUACGUCCUGAGGCAGUUAAGAAUAUCUGUGUUAUUCGAAGUAAAACUGUACCUAAUGUAACUCGGUGUACUCCAAGGAUUUUUCCUGUCUAUUACAAAUCGCCAUUCUGUGAAUUACAAGACUCUGAAUAUCGUAUACUUAGCAAUAAACCCCACGCUAAGGUGUCUAGAUCUAAGUCUAAUGAUCCAUUUUUACAGUCGAUCAUAUCGAAAAAAUCUAAAUCCGAAUGUAUUUUAUGUACAAAAUGUCAUUUAGUUCAACGGACUAAAAGUUGGAAUAAUAAUGAACCAAUAAAUGAUGUAAGUUUUGAAAACGUUAUCAACUAUUACAAGGUAUUCAAAACUAGCGACAAAUAUGUAUGCGCAAAGUUUACUAGUGAUCAAUUCAUAAAGAAAUUAGAUGAAAAAUUACGUGAAGAAACUGUUAAAUUAUCCGAGUUUAACGAAAGUGUAUCUAUAGCAUCAAACUUAAACGAAGAAGAAAUUGAUAAACUAUUAAAGGCCAAAACUGAAGAGUUAGAACGACUCACUGAAAAGGAUAAUUAUUCAUCUUUUGAUAAAAAUUUAUUACGUUUGGGAAGUGCUGAAUUUGAAUCUUUUGAUGGUCCGCCAACUCGUAUUUAUCGAUUUUCAAGUACAGGCAUUGGUCUAGAUAGAAGUGAAGGAAGCGUAUUCACUAUGACUGUAUCUGAACAACAAUCAGCUGCUUCAUUAUUAGCUAAACAUUGGGGUCCUCAACGAGAAGUAACUGUUCAAAGAGAUUCAAACAAUAGCUUAGGAAUUAGUAUUGUUGGAGGAAAGGUAGAUUUUUUUAAUAGUACUAACACAAAUAAUAGUGCAGCAAUAUCAGGUAUAUUUAUAAAAAAUGUACUUCCUCAAAGCCCUGCGGGUCAAGAUAGCCAGUUAAAAACUGGAGAUAGAAUAUUGGAAGUAAAUGGAACUGAUGUUCGGCAUGCUAAUCACGAUCAGGCGGUUGCAGUUAUUCGUUCGGCUGGUAACCCAGUGAUUUUUCUCGUACAAUCUCUCGUGUAUUGGUCAGAAGAUCAAUAUGAAAAAUUAAAAUCAUCUUCGGUUAUCGAAAAUUCCUAUAAAACAUUACAAGAGCCCAUUAAACCUGUGAAUAGUGUGAAAAAUAAAAUUUCAUCAUGGCAACAGAAAUCUGAAGACAACGAUAAAAAUAUUUCAUUUCGCAAAAGUUCAUUGACCCUAACGAAAACAAUGACUUCAUUCGAUCGUAAGAGAUCUUUAAAAUCCAACAAAAGUGAAGAUAGUGAUGACGAUGAUGAUAAUAGAGACAAUGAAGGACGUAUUAGAAUUCAUUCAGGACAAGAAAUAAUGCGAUGUAGUGCUGGUAAUAUAAAAAGAUCAAAAGUAGAAAUCGAUGCUGAUCCAGAACCAGAAGAUGAAUAUGGUUAUACUUCAAAUAAAGCAAAGAAGAAGUAUGAAAAUCUAUGUGACGGCAAGGAUGGUGGAAUCAGUGAAGUAUUGGUAGUAAUGUUGGAGAGAUCACCUGGUUCCGGUCUAGGCCUUAGUUUAUCCGGUCAUAAAGAUCGUACAAAAAUGGCUGUCAUGAUAUGUGGUCUGAAUCCCAACGGUCCAGCUGCCAAAUCCGGAUGUUUACGGGUUGGCGACGAAAUUUUGGAGGUUAAUGGAGUAGUUUUACAUGGAAGAUGUCACCUAAAUGCUUCAGCCAUAAUCAAAGGUAUACCAGGACCGAUUUACAAAAUAAUUGUCCUGAGGAGACCAAUGGCUCUAGAUGAAUUAGCUGUGCGACCAAUCACUCAGUUUCCUAUUACGCUUGAUGACGAAACGCCGGAAGAGAAAUAUGCCAAUUACAAAGGUCUACGGAUCGUUACUAUGAAAAAGCCCUGUAUCAGUUUUGCAUACGAAGGCCAAAUCACAAAUUCACCCACACAACAGAGUCCUCAUGGUCUAGGCAUAAUGAUUUUGGAGGGGAAACACGCGGAACUCGGUACCGGUAUAUUUAUAUCCGACAUACAAGAAGGAAGCCCGGCUGAACAGGCGGGUCUGACGGUAGGCGAUUUGAUUUUGGCUGUAAAUAAAGAUACAUUACUGGGUAGUAACUAUGAUGCGGCAUCAUCAUUACUAAAAAAAACUGAAGGUGUUGUUACGUUGGUGGUAUGUAACCCGCGUAAGGAUGACAGCGGAACGGCUGCAGACCAGAAGAAUGCGGAAAAACCCAAACAACCGGAAAAACCGAAAUCUCAAUCGCCUGUUUGUUUGGAUCAUUCAGUCGAACCACCGCCAGAUCCGGCCACUGCUCCAAUAAAACCUGGUGUCGAAUCGACGAUCGAAAUCAACAAGGACAAAGUUGGCUUAGGUCUUAGCAUAGUAGGCGGAACCGAUACAUUGCUGGACGUAGUCAUUAUUCACGAGGUUUACCCAGAUGGCGCUGCAGCCAAAGACGGUAGACUUAGAUCCGGUGAUCAGUUGUUGGAAGUGAACGGAGAAAACUUCAGGAAUAUAACGCACACCGCAGCGUUGGGCGUUCUACGACAAACACCGGCAAAAGUGACCAUGGUUGUGUUACGAGACGAGUCUUGCAUUCCAGACGAAAACGGCACCGAGUCCACGGACAUAUUGACUAUUAUGGACACAUUCGACGUGGAAUUGACAAAAAAGCCUGGAAAAGGGCUGGGGUUGAGCUUAAAAGGAAGGAAAUCCGGUUCAGGGAUAUUUAUAUCAGAUAUUAUGGCUGGAAGUGCGGCCGGAGCUGACGGGCACCUGAUGAAAGGUGAUCAGAUUUUAGCAGUGAACGGGCAAAACGUGCGGAAUGCUUCGCAAGAAGAAGCUGCGACCGUGCUGAAGACGACAACAGGAAAAGUUACGUUGAAGAUAGGUCGUCUAAAGGCGCGGUCAUCCACGUCUAGCUCGGACAACGAUACGGCGUCGAUGGGAGAAACGCGCACCGUGACGAUGGUUCGUAGAAUGGACGGGUUCGGUUUUAGCGUGGUCGGCGGUCACGGCCAGUUACCAAUCUCCGUGAAAACUGUGUUCUCUGGAAGCGCGGCCGACUCGAGCGGACUGUGUCGCGGCGACAGGAUAUUGGCCGUCGGCGGCGUGCCCGUGGACGGUCUGGGACACGAUGAGGUGGUCGCCAUGCUCAACGAGGCGGCCACAUCCGUAACGCUCACGUUGCAGUCUUAGCAGCCGCGCGAUGAACACAGUACACGCGCGAACCAUCCAUCCAUCCCUCGGUGAUGACGGGCGCGUGAGAACACAGUCGCCACAACAUCUCACCCCGCGAACAUCUGGCCCGGCGCGAAUAGCUUUUUUUUUUACUGCAGACAUGGUCAUCACCCGUGUUUAUUCACCUAUCACUAUUCUGCACACACAAUAGCAAUCACGGAGCUUGUUCGAAAAUCAUCACCCUCCCGCCGAGUUAGCAAAAAUAAAUACAAUUUUAUUACGUUCUCUCUCUCUCUCUCUCUCCGAUCUAUAAAUUUUCUAAGCGUGUGUCCGUUGUACCUUACAUGCAUAUUUUGUCUGUAUUAUAAUUACCUUUCCGCGUAUUCGUAACGUGUAUUAUAUUACAUAUAUCACGUAUUUUUCAUCUCGUUUUGUUUCGUUAAUUAUAUUAUAUACCUAUAUUUAUUAUAAUAUAGAUAUGUGAAACAAUGCACCUAUUACAUAGUCAACUACUUUUUAGUCAGAAAUUUUAGUACAUAACUUAUAUAAAUUAAUGUAGUGA